UGUGCGACCUGCAAGCGCGCGCGCGCUCGAGCUAGUCGUCCAAGGGGCCCGUUUCCCUUGCCGGUGGGCCAGGUGACCGCGUUCGAAUCCGUUUUAUCCGCUUGCAUCGAAUCCAACGCCACGGUCUCCAGCGGGCACGGCCAGUCGCACGUGCCACACGUGCUUAGCCGAAUUGACCCAGACACUUGGCACCCGCUCGGUGCAGCCACUAAUAAAGAGUCGGUGUUGGCGUGCGUGAAGCGAACGAAGGAAAGAAAGCAAGCAAAAAAAAAAGGCAACAACAACAAAAAGGAAAACACAAACCACCCCCAAAGGGGUGCAGACCGCGUUACUGCCGGUGCUCAAUACGAGCGUGUGUGUGUGUGUGUGUGUGGGUGUUUUUUUUUUAUUUCCAUUUCGUAUGUUUGGUCGAGUGCGCGCGUAAACACUACGAGAACAUCAUAUCAAUUAAUGUCACCCGCGCGGCCCACCGCGGACGCUCAUAAACGCGACAAAAAUUAAUGUGUUUUCAGUGGCGCACACUUGCUCGCCGAAACGAAAACAGUGCCCGCAGCCCGGUCCCUCUAUUUUGGCGUUCGCCAACUAGCAAAAAAAAAAGGGUUUGUGUAUGUGUGUGUGUGUGUAAUUUUGUAAGUGUGAUUACGUGGUAAAGUGCUUGAGUGUGUGUGUGUGUGUUUGUCUGUGGUUUGUGUUUCUAGAGCACGACGCGAUCGCUCGAGUGCAACGGAGUGAUACUCCUGCCCCGCAAGCUCAACGCUCAACUAUCAACUCAACCAUAACCUCAACAUCCUGGGGGAAAAACAAUCCCCUGCUCAGCGCCGUUUCCGCCACCCUGCCAUCCUGCCACCGUUGCCAGUGCCUCUCUGUGUGUGUGUGUGUGUUGAUGUAAAUUUGUGUGCAAAUCUCACGCAAUCAACACGCUCUGCAACCAAACAGCAGCCGAAGAAGCCGAACAGCAACAACCGCAACAACAACAACAACAACACCAACAACAGCAACAAAAACCAUCCCGCCCCACACUCACACAUGUACACGCACAGAAGCGAGCGCGAAUGACACCGGACGCCGGCCGUCAGCAUCCGAGCCACGGAGCAGCAGCAGCAGCCCGACCAUGGCCACCAUCUCCCUGAAGGGUAGCAAGACCUGGCCAUCGAUACUGCAGCGGAUCGACGCGAAGGGCCGCACGUACAGCUUCGUCGUGCCGACCAUCACUACCACCUCACCCACCCCGACGACUCCCGCGCUGCCUCCGACCCCGUGCCCCGAAGCGGCAAUUCACAGAGCUACCGCUCUCAGUUGUCGGCCGACGGAAGGACACGAGACGGCAACGGGGUGCGGUGUGGCGACAGGAACCACUUCCACCACCAUCACCAGCACCACCACCAGCACCACCAGCACCACCACGACAACAGCGACGCCAGCGACGACGAAUGGCGGUGCGGGCAUUAUCGCGAACGUGACCUGCAACGAGCACGGCUGCCUGUCCGGGCAGGCCGCCGCGAAAGCGUCCACCCUGCGCCGCCACUACUACCCGGAAGGGUCGUGGGGCUGGGUGGUGCUGGCGGUCGGCACACUGCAAGCCAUCCUCAACCACGGCGUGCAGCUGUCCGGGCCGCUCUAUCUGCUGCCGGCGGGCGAGCGUUUCCACCAGCCGGCCGUCAACAGUUGCGGAUGGCUGGGCGCGUUGUCGACCGCGGUGGCACUCUUCAUAUCACCCAUCACGAUCGCGGUAUGCAAGCGCAAAUCCACCCGGCUGACGGCUGUCAUCGGCGGGCUGGUGACCGCCCUCGGGUGCCUCUUCACCUCCUUCGCCUCCCAGUUCCACCAGCUGUUCUUCAGCUACGGUGCGGUCGUCGGUGUCGGCGUUGGGAUGACGCGCGACUGCUCCACCCUGAUGGUGGCGCAGUACUUCAAGAAGCGGCGCGAGUUCGUGGAGAUCUUCAUCGUGUCGGGCAGCGGGCUCGGCAUUGCCGUGAUGUCCGCCUUUAUCAAGUCGGCGAUCGAUGCGAUCGGGUGGCGGCUGGGGCUGCAGGCCGUCACCGGCACCGUGUUCAUCACGUUCAUCCUCGGCACCUGCUACCGGUCCGCGUCGCUCUACCAUCCGCAGCGCCGCGCGAUCCUGCACCUGAAGAACCAGAAGCGCAAGAUCAAGGACAAGAACAAGCACGACGACCGGCCGCCAUUCUUCGACUUUAGCACGCUGCGCAGCAAAACCGUGCGCAUACUGCUCGCCUCGACCGGCAUCGGCGCAUUCGGCAUCAACACACCCAUCUUCUACCUUGCGCACGAGGUGCAGAAGGACGGCAUCGGCGACAAGGUGAUGAUCCUGCAGAUCUAUCUCGGGCUAGCGUGGACGCUCGGCUGCACCGCGUUCGGGCUGCUGGUCGUGCGGAAUAGCGUCGAGUGCCGGAUCGCCCGGCAGUACCUCUGCCAGACGGCCAUCUUCAUGUGCGGCGUCUGCAUCCUGGCGCUCACCGCCGUCCACGGCAACUACCACGGCUACGUGAUGUUCGUGUGGAUCUACGGCAUCUUCUGCGGCGGCUACCACUACUCGCUGAAGAUGUACACGUACGAGAAGGUGCGGGCCCGCAACUUUGCCCGCGCCUGGGGCUUCGUCCAGUUCGCGCAAGCCAUCCCGAUUGCGCUCGGCGUGCCGAUCUCGGGCUACAUGAACGACAGCGGGUCCGGCACGGCCGGCUACUACUUUAGCUCGGGCUGUGCCAUCGUCGGCAGCGUGCUGAUGUUUCUGAUCGAUCUGCACCGGCGGUCGGUAUCACGCCACAAGCACACCAGGGCGAACGGUACACGCCAUCUGUGCGUCUCGGAAACGUGCCCGCAGCGCCGCAAACUCUCCUUCUCGCAGGAGCCGGACAACGAGCCGGGCAUCAUCACCGGCAACACGGCAAUGAUGAUCGGGCCGGAGCUGCUGAUACCGCCGCUGAGUGACGGCAUCGUGGAGCCGAUCAAUGGGCUCGACAAGCCGGAGCUGACCUGCAUCUCCGAGGAGGGUAUCGCCGACAUGGACCUGCCGGACAACCUGCUGGACGAUCUGGACUACGUCGGCGACUGCAUCACCUCGUGCAAUAAGGUGGAAAACUAUCUCAUGCUGAGCGAGUUCGAGAACAACCUCAGUGCCGAAGUUCCUAUCCUGCUGGACAAGCGGGGCCGCCGGCUGUCCCUCUCCAAAACGAAGGCCCUGCUCGGUGGGCACCUUGGUGCGGCCGGCGGCGGUACGCUGCUCGGCCACCAUCAUCCCGAGUGUCCGAUCGAGCACGGUGCCGGUGGUUUCGGGCCGCCGGGCACGACGCCAUCACCGACGAUGGGCCCGCCGGGUGACACGAACGGGCUCUCCCUGCUGCAUCCUCACCAGGGCCAGCAGCAGCAGCAGCACCACAACCAUCACCAUCACCAUCCGCACCAUCACCACCAUCACAGCCAUCAGCCGGUGAACGGUGAUCUCGCGAAGAAUCUGCCACCGCUCGCGACCAAGUCGGACGUCGCGCCACAGAACACGAUCGGCGGCGGUGGUGCCGGUGGCGGGGGGCGGACCGGUGGCGGCGAGGUGGGCAAACCGGCGGGUGGAGGAACCGGUACGGCGGCGGGCGCUGCCGCCACCGGCUCCAGCACGCUCCAGCCCCAGCAGCACUGCAGACUGAACAGCAAAUGGCGCCCGAGCCAGCAGGUCGGGUUUCUCAACAACCGCGUUAUAUCUGUGAUCGAUGAAGCCUCAGUUUAGCUACACAAGGACGGACACACAAAACUUGAGGUUGGGGAACAAGCAAACCUAGGGAUAGAGCUAAGAGAUAUAGAGGGCAGACCCGUAAGGAGCGCGCAUUAAAGCACAGUCGCCAGAGACGACAGAGAGUGCGUGUCUGACGUACACACACACCUCCAACACUUCCCCUAUUGUACAUAGAGCACUUACUCUGGUAGUUCGAUCGAUGUGUAAUCGCUAGGAGAGAUGCCUCACGCUUACGUUACUUAAUGCGUUACUCUUACUUAAUUUAUAAGCUUUAGAUGGAAAAAAAACAGAUGACUUAGCAGGGGAGGGUACUAGAAGAGUGUAGAGAACGAUUGACUGAUUUGUUGAUUUUAUGUUGUUUUUUAAUUUGUUUUUUUUUAUGUUAAAGUCCCUACUACGCAAUAGCCCUGAUCUGUGGGCUCCAAUUAGUUUUGUUUUUUUCUCUCUCUCCCCCCCCAUAUACUACCCUCACUCGUUCACCACGCACACUUCUCUUGCUCGAGAUUCGUGGUAUUAGACAAAAAAAGAUACUCCGCCUGUAUUAGUAGCUGCAAAGGUUUUCCUCUUUACAAUCACACUAGUGCACUCAACUCCCUCCCACACACACACCCCUUGAAGCAUCUUCAAACCUAUUUUCCACUGUAUUCCAAAGUAUCAGAUGCUAUAGAAUUGUAUUAGAAAGAAAAAAACAACCACCAACCCCCACUUAGUAGUACCGAUUGCGAGAGAUGCUGAAAGGGGCGCAAGAUUGCGGUGGAGUAAUUUACUAUACCCACAAAUAAAUAUGGAAGGAAAAGGAAAACAAUUUCUGUGACGAAACCCCCAGGAAACUUAACGCUGCCAAUCCAUCCUCUAUCUCUUACGCCAGGACAGGAGAUAAAUAAAAAACCCAGUGUAAGAUAUAAAUUGGAUAUACAACUAUACAUAUAUAUACUAGGCGUUUACAACACAGCAACAGCAACAAAAUACUACUACUACAGUGUGCAAAAUUAAAAUAGCACCAGCAUGUAUUUGACAAUAAUUGUGGAUUUACAUUGCCGAUUGAGAUUUUCAGAAGUUCAGAAUGUUAAAAUAACCUGUUCUACACCUUUCAAGCACAUCGCUUCAUUGUAUUGAUGGGAUAUUUUUCAAUUAUGUUGGAAUAUUCCUCAGCACAGAUGUGAAUUCAUGUGAUUCAGUUUCGAUUAGUUUUGACCAGAAAAGAAGUGUCAUUCAAAAAAGAAGCAAAAUCGAUUUUUUCCGUUAGCUAGCCAGCAUUUUGGUACCAGCAGACUGGUUUAAUCCAAAGGCUAAUAUGGUAGAGGUAUAUAAAGACCGUGAAGGUGGUUUAAAUAUCGGUUUAAACAGAUACUUGAGCCGGCAGGAUUGUGAAAAAUGUCAAAAACUUUUGACUCUCUGAGCAAAAAUAAUGUUUCAAUGCCGGAUAGUUGAAGAAUCAAUACAAAAGCAGUGUAUCAACUAACAGUUGCUUAUCAAAAUCGUUGUUGAGUACUAUUUCCGGUGUAGAAAAUAGUGGUUUAUCAAAUUCUGCAACAGCUUAAAACAUACAAUAGCAUAUAUACCAGCGUAAGCGAUUCUUGAUCGGGUUGAAGUCGUGCCAAUUUUUUGGAAUGUGUUUCUCUAUCAACAAAGACUGUGAAAAUGUUCUCUUUAUAGGUGAAAUUAACCUCUAACUUGAUGAUUACCAUGUGUGGCAACACUACAGAUGCGAUAAUCGCAAACACUAAUUUUUAAGUUGUGCCUGAGCUCUUAAAAUAUUGCAACAAUUUGUUAUUGCAGUGGACAAAGUUGUCGUUACAGGCAUGCACUCAAUUACUUAAGGCUGGAUUUCUGACAAAUAUUUUGAAAUGAUCAAGUGGUCAGUACGCCGUCCAGCUCUGACACCAGAUGAAACAUCAUUUGAUUACCCUUGGUUGUUGUUUUUUUAAAUGAAGAUAAAUAGCAGCUUAAGGAUGCUAAAAUCUCUUCUGUGUGGAACAUUUGGAAAAGAUCGAGUAUCACUCGCUGUAGCUUGUAUUAUAGCCAAUGAGCCAAUGAGGGAUUCAUUGAACUAAUUUGUAUCAAUAACAUGUUUUCAUUGCUAGAAUGUUCCUAGAAUCAAAAGUUUAUCAAAGUCUAACUGGCACUAUUUUUACAUCGCACUUGUCUUGGAUUGUAUGCUGAAACAUAAUUGAAAAAAGUCCCAUCAAUAUAUUGAAGCAAUGCGCUUGAAAGGUGUAAGGUUAUUUUUACAUUCUGAACCAAAGUAAAUCUCAAUCGGUAACGUAAAUCCCCAGCUAUUGCAACAACAAAAAAUACGGUGGUUCUAUUUUCAUUUCGCGCACUGUAUUACACUACUUGCGUAUACAAACUGUACGUCUGCGUUGGGGAGGCCGCUAGAAACCAACGAAGAAGCAGGCACAUAUUGGCCAUGGCAUCUCCUAGGUGUAGGUGUAGCAGGUGAACUACUGCAGCCGAAGAAGCAGAAGCAACAGCACACAUCUAGUAUUGACGAACUCUGCCAGCCAAUCUGGCGGGUAAACAAUUCAAGCAAGCAAAACAAUUCCCACUGCAGAGUUGGCAGCAGUGUGUCGAUGCGCCGAAAUACUGAACCGUAGUGUUUUAAUAAAAACUCCCUCAUAAAUGAAA